AUGGCGCUAGCAGACAUCAUGUCAGUGGAGAGAAGUGCCAAAUAUAUGGCAUCUAGCAGCUCCUCAAGUCUUUCAUCGGAUUCAGAUGAUCUUGUCUCGUCUUCAAGCUCGUCGUCCAUUUCUUCGGCUUCUUCUGCUUCGGAGUCGGACUCAGAUACUCUGCGAGCUUCUGGGAAGAAGAAAAAGGGGAUUAGAAAACGUCCAGGAAAGGCAGUGGGUGCAGAACUUUCGGACUAUGAGAACGACGCAUACUUGGACAAUGAGGGAAAGAAGAAGAAGAAGAAGAAAAUUUCAGCGCAAUGGUCUCCGACCAAGAGGAAUGGGAAAACGAAGAAGAAGAUGGAGAAAACGGGGUCUGUAGUAGCACUCCCACCGCCUCCUCCUCCACCCUUGCCGCCUCCUCUUAACAAUGCAUCCAGGUACAGCUCACGCAGUGACAAUUCUAGCUCAGGCUCGUCGGACUUGGAGAUGGGUCCCCCGCCUCCACCUCCUGAUAGUGCUGAUACUAUUGCUACUGCUGUACCUGUGGUUACAUCAACUACGAGACCGUCAAAACGGAGAGCUGCAGCGUUAAAGAGAGGUUCUGACGUAAAACCUUCGUCAUUGAAGGUUACACUGAAGCUCCCGCCUGGAUUUAUUGCGAAGAAUAGCGGCGCAGGGAUGCCUGUUACUAAUCGACCGAAGGACAAUUUACAGGUGUCAGAUCUAGCAAAAAGGACGCGAACUUCGACCACUCCAAUGAAGAAAGCAACACCCGCUAUAGAUUUAAGACUUACAAAGAUGAAGGAGCCUGCAAGCCGUGAACAGUAUGUUGCUGCUGGAAAGGAUGCAGUACCGGCGGACCAAAAAAAUGGUACGCCGCCUGCGAAUUUGCCCGCUCCGGGCAGCCAUUCCAUUUUAUCAAAAUUGAUUCCAACGGGGCUUACUGUGCCUGCAGGUGAAAUUCGAGGUGCAAGAGAACUAUCACUCGUGGACCCUGUCCAUAUUGGCAGUAAUGCCGAAGAAACGAUUGAGUCGAACAUCCCUGCUCAUUUCAAUGACCCAUGCGCACAGGAAGGUGACGUACUGCGCCUUUUGGACAUGUUCUUCUUUUGCGAUGAGAAUGGCAAAGCAAUUAGUCUCGAGAUUUUAGACUGUCCACGCGACCAGCGUCCGAAAAUAAUGGGGUUUGGUACAGUUGUACAGCACUUGCCAGUGGCGGAACGUCCCCUCCCGAUCAAGCCAAUUCUCGCAUCCCCUGCCUUUCCUUCACGCUCCAAGAAACGCCCUCGUGCCGAUUCUAUUUCGUUUAGCCCUGCAAAGUUUCCAGCGUCAAAGUUAAGAGCGAGACCUAGAGCUGACAGCAAACGGGUAAAGAUGAGUAAUGCAAUGAUUUAUCAAGGUGAUGGUGAAUUUGAAGAGAACGAGAACAAACCGUCUUACAUGGAAGGACGUGGUAUUUUUGAUCAGUCGAGCAUAUACGAUCUUCUCAGUUCAUUUUGCCAAAGUCGACUAUCUCAAAGGGAUGGCCAGUCCGAUAGUAGUGGCAGUAACUUGAGUUCCGAUGACGAUGAUAUUCGUUCAGGCCGAACUGAAUCUCGUGCAGGUUCUGAUAAUGAUAGCGAUCUCCUCUCGUCCGCCGCUAGUAGCGCAAGUGGAAGUGACAACGAUAUGGAUUCUGGAAGUUCUUCCUUCUCAGGCGGGUGUGGUGCUAAAAGUGGAGCAAAGGCGGCAACGAUGAGCCGGCGCUUACCAACUACGAGCGUGAGGACCGUUUUGGCUGAGCACUUGCCUCAAAACUUUGCGGAAUCGAAAAGGCCUUCAGCUGCCAAAGUGCGAAAUCUACCGAGCACCCGAGUGGAUUCGAGAAAUGCUGGUUUGCCUUCUGAUGUAAUCGAACUUAUGCGAACCGACCAAUCCGUUGAAGUAGCUGCAAAGGGUACUUCGGACGAGCUCAACUUGAUGGAGUGCGGUUUCCGUCAUCCACAGAACUAUGCACGUGCUCGUGUUUGGCUUCCUGAAAUUACGGAUUGGUGCCUCGAUUACGCUGAGGGGGACCCAACAUUGUGGGUUGUCACUCCUCACGCCUGGUACAAGAUUGCAGGACCGUUAUCAGGAAUGCUGCCACAUGCGUCAUAUCGACAGGUUUUCAAGCACGUCCGUCACCUGUUUGAAGCCAGCUAUCUUGUGGCGUACGUUCUCAAGGAGUGGUUGCCGAUUAACAAAAAGGUGUCCUAUCGGGCUACUCUGCAACAGAUUAUCGAAAUAUCUCUACAGGGAAGAUAUCGUGUGUCUGCCUGGUUUCUCGUGAAGAACUACCCUUUCAUCCGGGCCCAGGUUUCGAACCUGUUCCCGGACAACGAUACGUAUCUCGAGUCAAUGUUUUUUAAGCAGCUGCAUCGUCUACACGAAAAUUACACGUUGCGUGUAGCGAGACACAAAAAAGAAAUGGCCGAGCGGGAAGUUCGUCGUACGAAACGAGAAAAUGAGCGGCUUCAAAGGAAGCAACAGGUUGAGGAUGCGCGACAACGUUUAAAAGAUGAACGUGACGAAGAGCGAAAGCAGAAAGAGCAAGAGCAUAAGUAUCCAGUGGAAGAUUUGCGACUUCUGGAAGGAGAUUCGGUCAAUACGAAUAGCCUACCGUUGAACUGCUCAAAUUUGAAGGGCAUUGAAGGUCCAAUGCUGGGUGAGGUCAUCAUGGCGUGGCAAACUAUUUGCACAUUCAAGGAUUUUCUAGGGCUUGAAUCGAUCUCGUUGGAGUCUGUCGUGGAAUGCAUAACGACUUCUUCCGAUGAAGGAACAGACGUUGGUUUGGCUCGAAUCUUCAUGGCGUUUUUGCAAGUCAUCCUAUCGGAGAAGUCAUUUAUGUCACUACUGGAUGAUCUCGUCGUUGAAGGUAAUAUCAAGGUAUCUGAUCUGUUCGUGAACAGCGAGAAGACCUACGGAACUUGCGAGCGGGCCUACGAUGACAUUUUAAACGCAGUUACGUGGCCAGAAAUUCUCCGCCAACUGAUGUCGAAGGAUCUUGGCAUUGACCCGUCCAUUGGACACGUGGAUCCUUUAGUUGGUUGUGAGAUCGUUCGGCAAACACUCUACAUGCAAAAUAACUCCGCCCCGUUUAACUCUCCUGUUGACAUGACUGCAAAGGGUUUGGAGGAUUACCCGCUUCUUGUAAAAAAACCAAUGGAUCUUGGAACAAUUAAAAUGAAGAUUGAUUCGGGAGGCUACGAGGAGCCUCGCGGGUACGAAACGUUUGCCAAAGAUAUCCGAUUGGUGUGGGAUAACGCUGUAUUAUAUAAUGGUGAGGAAUCGGAGGUGGGCCGUGCUGCUUCAGCUUUGUCUGAUUUGUUUGAACAAUAUUACGAGAGGCUUGUCAUUGGGCGCAUUCGUGCAAAUCAAAGCCGGAUGGCAGGGUGCGCAAAGGUAAAAGAAAUGCUUCAAGAUUCGUCCGCAAAAGAGCUAAAGUCAUACCGAUACUCUGAUGUUGCUUAUGGUCUGUACUGCUCCGAGUUCCAUGAGCUUCCUAUAGCGUACAAAAUUGGUGCACUCUCGUGGAUUUGCUCGGAAUUCCUGACGCUGUCUAGCAUUCGGACGUACAUUGCGUCUCAAGUAGAGCAGGAAAUGCAGGUUUAUCGAAAAUAUAGGAAUCGCGCAGCCGACUUGGACUCACGGAGGAAGCACGCAGACAGAAUGCGACGCGAAAGAGAGAACGCUUUUAGAAGAGAUUGUGCCAACCAAGGUAUCCAUCCUAAUUCACACAACGUUUUCUCGGAGGGCAUUAAGCGCCGGCACGCAUUCAUUGGAAAGUUCUUUGAGGACAUUCAGGCUGAGAAAAUCGAGGACGAGAAAAAAUGGGAGCAAGAGAAAAAGGUCCAGGCGGAGGAAAUGGCGAUCGAGUCAAGCUCAAUCGUUAUUCGUGAGUCUCCUCUGGGAAAAGAUAGGUACCACAACUCGUACUACAUGUUCAAGAAUGACACGAAGUCGCGAUUGUUUAUCGAACGUGGCGAUUCCGGAGAUUUUGUCGUUUGCAGUAGUAAAGGCCAGCUUGUGGAAAUUUUGGAGUGGUUAAAUCCUAAAGGUGUUCGGGAGCUAGGCUUGUUAACAAAGCUGCAAGACGUAAGAGACAAACUAAUGAAUGCUUUUGAUGAGGAGCAAAGCACCAAUAUGGAGAUCGUAUGGAACAGCAAGGGCGCUAUCGAGCUUCAGAUGUUUCCUCUUCGUGGCGGUGCGAUGAAAGGCGAAAGUAUGAUAAUUACGGAUACAGACAGGGUCAUUAAGUCACACGAUGUCGCCCGGAAGAUGCUGCUAUGCCUCAAACAACACUUAGCAAAUACGAACACGUUGUCUUCUUCGUGGAAAGGAGCAGAGACAUGGAGCAGCCAAGUGGAAGAGACCAAAUCAUUCAAGGAGCAACUUGAUUUGUUUGCUGAAUUGGAGAGUGCCGCGGUGGCAGCUUUAAAAUCGGGUGUGGAGACAAUCCGACCUUCAUGGCAGCGGAAGCGACAUGAGUGGCGACUGGCUUUGAAGGGUUCUUGUACAUACGCACAGUUGGUGCUCCUGCUUCACUUGCUGCUGGAAGAGUUUAUCAACGUGGAGGCUUUCCUUGAUCUAUAUAUCCGCUUGGAUCGACAGGAAUGGCUUAAAUUGCGACCAAAAGACACUCAAAAUUUUAUCCCUGAGGUAGGAAUGUCUGUUGUAUACUUUGGGGAUGGCCACGCUCUAGCACUGAAAGAGGAUGAAAAGUCCAAGAGAAAGCGCUUUACACAGAAGAGCGAUACUCCUGUUCGGAAUGCAACAGUAAUCUGCACGGUGGAGAAGGUAUCAUAUCACCAUGGUGGAGGUGACCCCUACGCAUUGGCUGUGUUACAACCGAUUCCGGAUAUGGCACAGCACGAAAGCAUUCGCAAGCCGGGCACUCAUCUAUGCCCCCUGCCAUCACGAGAGCAGAGACUAGCAAGAGUAUUCUUACGUAUUCUGGCUAAGUUAAAGACACUUGCCGAUGCUGGCCCAUUUCUGGAACCUGUAUCAGCUCAAGAGUUUCCGCAAUACAAAGAGGUUAUCUUGCAUCCGAUGGAUCUCGGAACAAUGACGGAAAAGGCUAGCUCGCUGGGGUACAAUAAUGCAGCCGAAUUUAUGUCUGAUCUGAGGCUCGUGCGGGACAAUUGUCAGCUCUUUUGCGAAGGCCGCUUUCCAACACUUCCGCCAUUAGCCCACAACUUAGUAAACGUCGCGGACGGACAGAUCAAGAAGUGGGGCAAAGAAAUUCGUGCAUGCGAAGGCACCAGUAACGAGCCGUCACAUGUGAGCAAAGCUACUAUGUCUUUGUCAUCCCUAGAGAAUAAGAGCGUAUGGACGAGUCAUGAUAAGUCGGAACUUGAGAAUUGGGAGCUGCCAACGCGUUCAAUUGUGACUAUCUUGCGGCUUGAAAACCGAUUGCCCGAGUAUAUUGUGCAUGCUAGUCGAUAUUCGUGGGCUGUGAACCGUACGUGGCAUUGUGGAGAAAAGUUUCGUAUGAUGUUCCGCAACCCGCAAGGCCAACCAGGCGAGUACUAUGGAGGCGUGACUGCAGGAUCUUUGCCGUUCGACACGCAUGGUAUGCUGCCAUGGGAAUCACUACGCAUAACGUGGGAUGAAGACGACGGAUCAGACGACAAUUGCAUUAAUCCGUGGGAAGCAGAAUUUCCACUCAAGGAUGAGAAACAAGCGUAA